AAGGGAAGGAAAGGAAGGAGGGAAGGAAGGAAAGGAAGGGCCUAGUGAGAUGAGGGCAGGGAACUGCAGAUGGUGUUUCCCUCUGGGCAGGGAGAGUAGGGAGGGAAAGAAGGAAAGAGAGUAGAGCCUGGGCAGGGAGAGUACUUGCGCGCUGAGCCAGGGGUCUGGGCUCUGGCCCAUGAUGACAGCACAGGGUGAGGCUUGCAAUCUCCAGGCUCCUAGAGGCUGUGUGAAGGAGACGCGGGUGCACACCAGAGCACAUCCAGGUGCCAACUGGGAGAUGCUCCAGGCGUGAACCACCACAGGAGGAAGAGCGUAGGCCAUCUGCAAGGGCAAGAUCUCCUGAGACCUUCCAGAUCCUGCUUCCUCCUCCAGGCGAAUUCCCGAGCAAUCAUAGAAGUGAGGAAAAUGGAAUUCCUGCUCCCUCAUGGCCCAGGCGCAGCCUUAGGAUCCUGGGGUUUAUGAUUAUGAAAUGUGCAGAAACCAGCCAAUGAGGUGGCCAUCGGGGAAGGCCUGGUUCCUGGUGGUGAAGCAAGCCCGGGCAGUCUCUCCUGGAUGCCAGUCAGAGGCUGAGGGCAGAGGCCAUCCUGACACUGCUCUGGACAUUCAAGGCUGUUGAGGUAGCAGGGCUGCGGGCGGUGCGCGAGGACACCAGCUCACUCACCCUCCUGCGCUUGGAGACUCCGGGCCCGCGGUCGCCCAUGGCUCCGUACCACAUCCGCAAGUACCAGGAGAGGGACCGCCCACGGGUCCUGGACUUGUUCUCCAAGGGAAUGGAGGAGCACGCCCCCACCACCUUCUGCCACGUCCUGAAGCUGCCCCGAACCCUGGCGCUCUUGCUUGGGGUGCCCCUCGCCCUCUUCCUGGCCUCUGGCUCCUGGCUCCUGGUCUUCGUCGCCAGCCUCGCCCUCCUCACUGCCCUGAGAUUCUUCUCCAAAUACCCCUGGGUCCAGUUUAAAGUCCUGUGUUUGCGCUCAGACCUGUCUGACAUCACCAAGUCCUACCUGGGUGAGCCCGGCUCCUGCUUCUGGGUGGCCGAGGCCGCCGGGCAGGUGGUGGGCAUGGUGGGCGUGCUGCCCGCUGCCGAUUGCCCCCUGCGGAGGGAGCAGCUGCAGCUCUUCCACCUGUGCGUGGCCUCUGAGUGCCGAGGUCAGGGGGUGGCCAAAGCCCUGCUCAGGACGGUCCUGCAGUUCGCCCGUGACCAGGGCUACAGCCAAGUGGUCCUCCACACCACCAUGCUGCAGCGCUCGGCCGUGGCCCUCUACCAGCGCAUGGGCUUCCAGAAGACGGGCCAGUUCUUCCCCUCCCUGAACUGGAGGCUAUUUGCUAUUCCUUCGUGUGUGUUUGUCUACCCCUUGCCCUCUGCUCAGGCCUCGCAGGCACAGGGGCAGGCGGGGGGGCCCUGAUCCGGUUCCUUGUGCCUUAGUGCGGGGAGGGCUGGCUCUGCCCUGGCAGCAAGCCAGGCCCCGAGAGUCACUGCGACAGCACGGUGAGAGCCUACUGCUCCUUCCGUGGGAACUGGGGGGCGGCAGGGUGGCUCUCCUCCUUUCUGUCUUUUGGGAUGGCCGUGGUUUCAUUUAUCCAGUGCCACGAGAGGGCUGCAUUAAAACACACACCGGGCAGCCCGGGUGGCUCAGCAGUUUAACGCCUGCCUUUGGCCCAGGGCGUGAUCCUGGAGUCAGGGAUCGAGUCCCGCAUCGGGCUCCCUGCAUGGAGCCUGCUUCUCCCUCUGCCUGUGUCUCUGCCUCCCUCUCUCUCUCUCU